CCCCUCACCGUACUCACCACCCCAAAACCGACCACCUGAUCAACAUUCCCCUCCCUGUUCCAGAAAAAUUCUAGUCCCUGAUUUUGAAACCAACCAACCCAAAAUCAGACAAGACAAACAAAAGCAAAUUAACCAUGUCGCAUAAACUAUUCAUUCUCGUCUAUCGAGGCGAUCCUCUCGAUUACAGUGAAUAUCGACACACCGCGUUAUAUGUGCAAUUUGAAUCCAAGGAACGCAGUGUCUUGCAUAUUAUCGGCACUCAGGGGCUCUUUCGGUAUGUGGAAUACGUGGGUGCGGACCCGAUGGAACUCGGGGAUUUGGUACGGGUGGUGCCUGUCACGGACUUGUCGGGCUCCGGGGAAGACGAUGAGGAGGCGAUUCGGGAGACGGUGGCGCGAACGCCGGUGCGGAAUGGUCAUCUCGAUCUCGAGUGGAAUUGCCAGCAUUGGGUUGGGGAUGCGUUGGGGAGAUUGGUUGAACGCGGCUGGGUCACUCAGGAUGAGCGGGCCGCGGCUAUCGAUAAGAUGACUGAUGCGUGUCUUGAGGCUCGCGAUGAUCAGUAUGUGGCGACUUGAUUAUGAGAGGUAU